AUGGAGAAGGAGGAUAUUGUGGAGGAGAGUGAAGAUCCAGAGCUGUCUAUAGAGGUGGGAAAUGGCACUGUUCCCAUGAAUCAGAAAACUCAGGAGGUAACUGUCUUGGACUGCAAAGGUACAGAUGGAAAUGCACAAACGGAAGAAACUGCUCUGUUGCACAAUUGUGCAAGGCAACUUCAGAAACCGCUGACAGAGUCAAAGCCUCCAAGGAAACUGAGGCAAAUAUUUGCUUGUCCUCCUCAAGGCCUUCUUGCCCGAACAGUGACAAACGUUGCAACAGUAAUACUUGUCUGGGCUGUGGUCUGGUCCAUCACAGGCAGUGAGUGUCUUCCGGGUGGGAACAUAUUUGGAAUUCUGUUUCUCUUUUUUUUUGCUGUCAUUGGAGGUAAAAUUUUUGGGCUCAUUAGAAUACCAACACUGCCUCCUUUACCUCCUCUCCUCGGGAUGUUGCUUGCAGGUUUUCUCAUCCGAAAUACCCCAUUCAUCAGUGACAUAGUCCAGAUAAAUCCGAAGUGGUCUGCAGCGCUGAGAAAUAUUGCCCUUUCCAUUAUCUUGGUCCGAGCUGGGCUUGGCCUUGAUCCAAAGGCUCUGAAGAAGUUAAAGGCAGUCUGUUUAAGGCUUUCUUUCGGGCCCUGCCUCACUGAGACAUGCGCAGCUGCUGUUCUUGCCCACUUUCUGAUGCAUUUGCCAUGGCAAUGGGGAUUUAUAUUAGGUUUUGUUCUAGGCGCUGUCUCUCCUGCUGUUGUGGUCCCCUCUAUGCUGAUCUUGCAAGCAGGCGGGUAUGGUGUUGAAAAGGGUGUCCCGACCUUGCUAAUGGCUGCUGGCAGCAUUGAUGACAUUCUGGCCAUCACCGGCUUCAACACAUGCUUGGGCAUGGCCUUCUCUUCAGGUUCCACGCUUUACAAUAUCCUCCGAGGGGUCCUGGAGGUUGCAGUUGGCAUAGUAGCUGGUGGGCUUCUAGGAGUUUUUAUUCAAUAUUUCCCAAGUAAUGAUCAGGCAUCUCUUGUAUGGAAGAGAGCAUACUUUGUGUUGGGCCUGUCCAUGUUUGCUGUGUUUGGCAGCCUGUACUUUGGUUUCCCAGGAUCAGGAGGACUCUGCACACUGGUCUUGGCCUUCAUUGCAGGCAUGGGAUGGUCAAGUGAAAAGGUGGCUGUGGAAAAAAUUGUUGCAGUCGCAUGGGACAUCUUUCAACCCUUUCUCUUUGGUUUAAUUGGAGCAGAAAUAUCCGUUUUGUCUCUCAGGCCUGAAACUGUUGGGCUUUGUGUUGCCACACUGGGUAUUGCCUUAAUAGUACGAAUCAUUGCCACAUUCCUGAUGGUGUCUUUUGCUGGCUUUAACUUCAAGGAGAAAAUAUUUGUCUCAUUGGCAUGGAUCCCCAAAGCCACUGUCCAGGCGGCGAUAGGUUCCCUUGCCUUAGAUACAGCCAGAGGGCAGCAGGAUGAACAGCUGGAAAAGUAUGGAAUGGAUGUUCUAACAGUGGCAUUCUUGGCAAUCCUGAUCACAGCUCCGAUUGGAGCGCUGGUUAUUGGCCUGGCAGGGCCCAGACUUCUGCAGAAGGCUCAAAUAAGCAGUGGUGAAGAGGAGGAAGGUGUUGGAGGAGGAGGAGAAGCAGAGAUCGCUGGGCCCGCAUAA